GCAGCAGGAGGAGCAGGAGCACUCUCAAGCCUGAGGGCCAAGCGGAGGCCCAUCGUCAAGACGGGCAAGUUCAAGAAGAUGUUCGGCUGGGGCGACUUCCAGUGCAACAUGAAGACGCUGACGCUCAACCUGCUCAUCAGCGGCAAGAUUGUGGACCACGGCAACGGCACCUUCAGCGUCUACUUCCGCUACAACGCCUCAGGCCAGGGCAACGUGUCCGUGGGCCUGGUGCCGCCCACCAAGGUGGUGGAGUUCGACCUGCUCCAGCAGCGGGUGACUGCGGACCCGUCCGAGUCCAAGCUCUUCAACUGUCGCGUGGAGUACGAGAAGGUGGAGCGCGGCGCGCGCAGCUCUACGCUGUGCGGCUUCGACCCGUCUAAGAGCUGCCCGCAGGAGCAGACCCACAACCACGUCUCCUGGCUGUGCUCCAAGCCCUUCAAGGUCAUCUGCGUCUACAUCUCCUUCUACAGCACCGACUACAAGCUGGUGCAGAAGGUGUGCCCGGACUACAACUACCACAGCGACACGCCUUACAUGCCCUCGGGUUGA